UUUGGUUGGUCUUUUCUCUAACAACUGGAGUUCUGCUGGGCAUUCAAGGAAUGGCUGUUGAGUAAGGCAGCUGUUUCAAUAACUAAUUGCAUUUUAGUUCUAAUAACUCAAGGGGAAAGCAUUGCAUCGUCUACCAUGAGCUACUUCCUGUCCUACUGCAAAGCACACUGCACUGCUGUGCUUGCCCAGUACCAGAGCCUGAGAUCAGAGGGCUUUCUGUGCGAUAUUUUGCUGAAAGUGAAAGAAAACGAGUUCCCUGCACACAAGUCCUUGUUGGCAUACUUCAAGUCUUUGCUAGCAGUGAUUCAAUCACCAGAUCUCCCCAUGGUGAAAGAAAGCCGCCUGUUGAAUCUUGUGCUGCUGUGGCUGAAGCAGGAUAAAUCCAGGCUGGAUCAUGCAAGCAGCCUUUUAGAGCACAUAAGAUACGGUCUCAUCCCCGUGGAAGAGCUGAGAAAAACCUACACACAGUCAGAAGUGUCCCUCUCAGCAGGUAUUAAGUGCUUGAUCAUUAAAGCAAUAAAUUAUCACACAUCUGUAUUCAAACAGCCUGUCCUGCAGGAUAAGUCCACCGCAUUGAGGAACCAGAAAACUCGGAUUAUUCUGCUGGGGGGAGGGACAGCAAGUGAGGGGCUUGUCACCGAUGUGGUGGCCUUCGAUGUUUACAAUCACAAGUGGCGAACCCUCACACAGCUGCAGGACAGGGUGCAGAACCACAGUGUGUGCGUGGUGGGGAACUUCCUCUAUGUCUUGGGUGGGGAAAUAGAAAGUGGUUCCCUGGGUGAUGCUAAAACUGAAAAGAUCUUAUUGGUUACGAACAAAGUCCAUCGUUAUGAUCCAAGAUUUAACACAUGGACCCAAAUCACAGGCAUGCUGGAAAAGAGAUGUCAGUUUUCUUGUUGUGUCCUAGGCAAGAAUAUCUUUGCCAUUGGUGGAAGGGGUGAGGACGGGUCUCUGCAUUCAUCUGUGGAAGUCUAUGAUAUCAGCAGGGACAGAUGGACAAAGGCCAGGGAAUUGCCAUGCAAGAUCCAUGGCCAUGCCAGUGCUGUUUGCAAGAACACUAUAUACAUCUCUGGGGGCAAGUACUCAGCCCCGGCCAGCACAAGCAAUGAUGUAUAUUCUCUGAGCUCACUUGAAGGGCACUGGAUGAAACGAGCCCCAAUGAGCAUUGCUCGAUUUGGGCAUCAGAUGGCAACAAUCAGGGAAUCCAUAUUCACCUUCUUAGGAUUAUAUGAACCAUUCUCUGAAAUAGAAAGGUAUGACCCUGACCAAAACCAAUGGACCCGGUUAAGACCACUGGUCUACGAUCGAUUUUCCUAUGGCCUGGCAGUGGUAGAGGAAACGGCUCUUCUUAUUGGGGGAAAGAAAUGGCAAAACUCGCUGGAAGUCUCCACGCAAGACGUGGUUGGCUAUGACAUUGACAACGAUGGCUGGGAGGAGAUCUGCAAAGCCCCUCUGCCUUGGUGUGGGCUGCAGUGCGCCGUGCUCCAGCUCUCUGAGACGGCUGACGAGCAGGACAGUGACAGCCAGCACAAGAAGCUGCCCAACUGCUGAGCUCACACACGGAGGAACAUCUAUCCCGAGAGACUGAGUAAGCGGGGCGGUCCUGGAGAAGAAAACUGCAGUGGCACCGAAUAGGAGAAAGUGGAAGUUUUGCUUGGAUAAGCCAAAUACUCGGUGGAAACACGCCAAAAAACCUGGCUCCAGCACAGAAAAAACACUGCUAGGAUUUAUAGAGCCAGAGGCUGAUCUCACUGAACAAGGAUGUAGCAAGCAGCAUAUUUAGAGGAGAUCAGUGAGAAUCAUAAUCCUUGACUUUUGAAGAGUAAUACCUAGAUAGAAAUUAGUAGGUGUUGCAAGUCAUAUUUUUAAAAUAUUAAAAAAUAUAAUCCAACUUUUCUGUUUUCUUUAUCAGAGGUUAUUUUCCCAGCUGGUAAGUGCUAUUGAGUUUUUAUGCUAUGGCUAAGCAAAAUGAAAGUGAGCUGUAUAAAGACUAGAAAAUUGAUGCCUAAAAGAAUUCAUAGCCAAAGAAAAGGCAUUAUUUGAUAUGCUACAUACUAGGCAAGAAUGUCUUACCUAACCAGCAGAAAAUCACUAGACAGCAUGGAUGUUUUGCUAUGUGGACACAGUUACAGCC